CAAACGUUUCAGAAUUUCAUAACCAUUUGCGUUUUUUGGAAAAUAUCAAUAGCUGUAUGUCCAACUGUUGAGCGACAAGAGAAAUCGGUUGGAAUCUGGUCUUGUGUAUCAAAGAGUAAUAAGCAAAUACUGCUCGACGACGAGUCGUUCCACGAAAUCUCAGGAAGGUUGAAAUCACCACAUAUUAACAGGUUGUUUGUUAACGUUGAGGCUUUGGUAAUCAAUUCUAUCAAGAUUUCAUCAUUUCUUCGGCAGCUGUUUGGUUUUCUGUACACAAUACCCAAAAGCAUUCUGGUGGUUCUUGACACCUUUAUCCAGACCCAACAGUAAGCUCAACAAGUAGUAUUCUUACCUCACUGCAUUGAUCAGAGGCCUCUCCAAACCCAUCCACUGAGGGACUCGUACCUCUGGGCUCUGAGUACCACUGAGGGCCUUAGGGACUCGUACCUCUGCGACCAGCCGGCAGCCGGGCUCACCGGACCCCUCCUGCCGAGUCACCAUGCCACCGCGGAGCCGGAGCCGCUCCCCGGUCCGACGCUCAGACCGCGACCCGGACCGCUACGCAGACCGUCACGGGGACCGGGACCGCCACGGAGACCGGCACGGGGACCGUCACGGAGACCGUACCCGAGACAGAGAGUUGGAGCGGGUUCGAGACAGAGAUGUGGACCGGACCCGGGACCGAGACAUUGAGAGACGUGGAGACAGAGACAGGGAGAUAGAGCGGCUGAGAGAGCGAGACAGAGAGAGGGAGAGGCUCCGCGAGAGAGACAGGGAGAGGGAGAGAGAGCGGGAGCGCGAGCUCCGGAGACGGGAGAAGGAGCGAGAGAGGCCCGAGCGACGCUCCCGCUCUCGGGAGAGGGAGAGAGAGCGCCGGGGGGAGACCUCGAUGGAGCGCGACUCUUCCCCGGCCGGCCGAUCGAUGCCCAAACCCAAACUGCUCAAACGGCCGGAGUUCACCGAGGAGGACUUUAAGGGCAAAACUCCGGAAGAAAUCGAAAUGAUGAAGAUCAUGGGCUUCGGAGGAUUUGACACUACCAAAGGUAAGAAGGUGGACGGGAACAACCAGGGCGCCGUUCACGUGGUGCUGAAGCGACGAUACCGUCAGUACAUGAACAGGAAGGGCGGCUUCAACCGGCCGCUAGACUUUGUACUAUAAAGACGGUCUGCGAGGGGUGAAGCCGCUAGACUUUGUGCUUUGAGAGCGACUCACGGAGUGAAGUCGCUAGAUUUUGUGCUCUAAAGACGUUGCGAGGAGUGAAGCCGCUAAACUACUGUGCUCUGAGGUCGGCUCACGGGAUAAAGCCGCUGGACAUUGUGCUCUGCGGGCGGCCCCGUGGACACUAUGGGUGAACGUUGUACUCGAGAUGCCGCGUUGCUACCCUGACAACCAAGUCAUAGCCGGUAGCCUUUGGGGCAUGAGUGCGGAUCAAGACGCAACGCGUGGACUUUCAGUGCUCCGAGUGCUACCAGUGAAAACCUUUGGACGGUGUAUGUACUUGGGUGGACUGUGGAGCGUCACCAAGGACACUGGUGGUGAACCGAGUCCUCUGGGUGUCGAACAGGGGACGCUACUGGUUGAUCCAGUGGAAACCGAGGUAGGUGAGCGCUGAGUCGGCGCUUAGGAGAGAGGUUCAUGGACACUGGUGUGUGAAUGGAGUCGACGGUGGAGCCUGUUGGUCUAUCCUCAUCCGUACAUACCCUGAGAAUAUUGUGCUAUGUGGUGUAAAACUAAAAAUCAAACGUUCGAGCUCAUUUUGAGGACUGCUACCUAUGCUUUUCAUUUUCAUGUCACAUUGAGCAAAGACAAUUCAUUUGUGUUUGGCCACCUUUAUCAUUUAACCCGAAAUGUCUGAUAGCAUGCGGAUUGCACGUCGGUGUGUCUGUAAACAACUGUUGCUUGAUCUUAUGGUGUCCUGCAUUUUUCUUUGGUUGGGAUGAGAGGAGUGCAGGUACUUGCGUACGCUUCCCUCACUUUUGUAUGUUUUGCAUCCAAGAUUGUGUCACAUAAGUUCAGUAAUAAAAACAAUAGUACAAAA